CUCACUUCUUCUCAUGUCACUGUUAACAGCAUUCUUAUGGACUCUCUUAAUGACAACAUGUUACGGAGCAGAAAUACAAAUGUUUUGUAAAUGUUUUUGUGGAUCUAAUUCAACUAUAUUUGAACUUCCAAUGACUGACUUAAGGCCCUGUUCUGUUUGUACUAAACAAUAUUGUCUGGACAAUAUGCAAGACGGUCUUUGUGAUGGUAUUGCUGAUGCUACUUGUCCGAGUAAUGACUUUAAGACAGAGUGUUUUGCUCGUGAUUCAUUCAAGGACGAAAUGAUCGUACGUAGUUUUCUUUUGAUUACAUCUGGGCUUAUGGUCUAUUCUAUCAUUAAACCAUUGUUGACAGACAAAUGGCAAAAGUACGUUUCUCGAUAGCGGUAAUUCAAAAUGCAUGUGUAUGUAGACUCUGCAAAGGCAAAAAUAAAGUCCAUCAUGGAAAGCACACACAGUUUCUCAUUAAAACUCUGGUCAAGUUGCGGUGUAGAACAUGCCACUCUAAAUGUUAAUUGCCCCUGAACCUUUAAUUUUUUUGUUAGGCAUGAUUAAAUACUCCACUUAUACUCUUCCAAUAAAAAGUUAAUUAAUAAAGCCAAGGACUUAGCUUUUUAUACUCUUACAUCGCGACAAGUUGUAUUAACGAGUCAUUAUACACGAUUGUUACACUAGCUUUUUAUGUUCAAGUGUCAAUUCACGAG